AAUAAUGGGAGUACUAAUUUCUCUCUCUAGAAACAAAUACAUACACAGCACACACACACUCUCUCUCUCUACAAGGAUUUUCACAGAGAUUCUCGGGAAAAUGGUAUAGAAAUUAGACCUCCACUGCCGAAGCUUCAGGUGUGAACUCUCCGCGAUUCUUAGAAAUCGUUUUCCCAAAUAUGGGAACAGAGGAAAGAGAAACCCUAACUGAGACCUUGGAGUCAGCUGUGGAGGCUCAAGAGAAUGGGGCUAGGGUUUGUGUUCCAAAAAUGGGAACGGAGGAAAGAGAAACCCUAAGUGAGACCUUGGAGUCAGCUGUUGAAGCUCGGGAGAAUGGGACUAGGGUUUCUGUUCCAAAAAUGGGAACAGAGGAAGCAGAAACCCUAACUGAGACCUUGGAGUCAGCUGUUCAACCUCAGGAGAAUGGGGCUAGGGUUUCUGUUGACGGCGUCGAGGGUGUAAAGGAUGAUGUUUGUGUGGGUGGUGAUGGUGGAGUUGUUAUUGAAGCUAGGGUUGUGGAGACCGAAAUUUGUGUUGAGAAGAGCUUCGUGUCGACUAAUGGUGGUGAUGGCGGGUUUAUUGGAGAUGCUAAAGAGACAGGGGGUGCUGCGGUAGAAGGUUUGUCCAAUGGAGAUUCAACUCUGAUGAAUGGAGAUGGUUCUUAUGAGGAAAUCGGGUUGAACCAAGAUGGUGUUUCUGUUGGUGUGGAAGUUCACGGCUCGUUGGACAGUGUAAAUGAGAAAGGCGAAAAUUGUGGGUAUGAUGAUAACAAAGGUUCUGUGGCUGAAAAUGAGGGAACCCCAGGUGAGGAGGUUAUGAAAAUUCCUGGUUCUGAGGGUAAUAGAAAAUUCAAUGCCAGUCAUAAUGAAGUAGAAAAUAAUGGUGAAGUAGAAGAGGAUGCCGGGGAUGAAGAACAUGAGUAUUCGGUGGGUGACUUCGUGUGGGGCAAAAUUAGGAGUCACCCUUGGUGGCCUGGACGAAUUUACGAUCCUACAGAUGCGUCAGAGUAUGCUAGAAAGUAUAGUCAAGGGGGAAAGCUGCUUGUUGCUUACUUUGGGGACGAGUCUUUCUCUUGGUGCUCCCCAUCUCAGUUAAAACCCUUUGCAGAGGAUUUUGAAGAAAUGUCGGGCCAAAGUAAUUCUAAGAGCUUUGUAAAUGCUGUGCAGAAUGCCAUAGAUGAGAUACGUAAGCUUGUGGAGUUCAAGAUGACUUGCUAUUGCAUAUCUGACAAAGAUCGAGUUGGGUUUGAGAGAGAUGUGGCGAUGAAUGCUGGAAUCAAGGAAGGAGUACUUGUGCCUGACUGUGAUGUAAAUAAACUUUUAAUUUUUCUUAAUGGACAAUCAGAAUUGCUUUCAACGCUGAGGUCUAUCGCUAAGGGUGUUUCUAACACCAGUUUGCCUGAGUUUACGGUGUUGAGGAAUUCCCUUGCGGCAUUUUAUCGAGCAAAGGGAGGUCACAAACUGCCUUUGUUCUAUGAACCUGUGUCUAUUGAAGGCCUGGAAGACAAGAGUAGGAAUGUUGGAGUAACAGAUGUAAAAGAUUUCAGUGGUGUGGUGCAAGUUCCUUUUGGAGGUCCUGUGGAAGAAGUAUGGAUUUCAUCACCAAUGCAUCCAGGAUUAGGUCAAGCUGAUCAAUCGUUGCUGCAGAAAUGCUCGGGAUUAAUGGAUGACAAGCUCUAUGAAAGAAGGAAGAAGAAAGCUGUUGCUGAACUUAUUGAAGAAGACAUGGUUGUAAAACCUGAUAACGAAAUGGGGAGUUUGGUCAAGGAUGUAACAACACCAGGCAAAUUGGUGAAAACAUCUGGAAAGGAAAAAGUGAAGAGCAGUGAUGAAGUUGUAAGUCAGGAUGGUGUUGAUUUGAGUUCUCCAUCAGGGAAGAAGAGGGGGAGACGGAAGAGGUCGGAGACUGAAGGCUCUGUUAAAUCGCAAGUGAAUAAAGUUCGGAGAGCCAAAAAUGGUGCUGGUGAGGGGGAAGAAGAAUCUAAAGACGGUGUGUCUACUGUUGGGAACGAAGAUACAGAUGCCAAAGAAGAAACUGAGAAGGGUUUGGCCUCAGGGAUCAAGAGGGGUAGAAAGAAGAGGGUGGAGACUCAAGAAUCUUCCGAGAAGAAAGUUCCGAGACAGAAAAAUGGUGGUGGGGGUGAAGAAGGAAUUAAGAAGAAGGGCGGUGUGUCUAGUAUUGGGGAUGAGGAUACGAAUGCCAAAGAAGAAACUGAGAAGGGUUUGGUUUCUGUGAGGAAGAGGGCAAGAAGAAAGAAACCGGAGACACAAGGAUCUGAGAAACCUGCAGAGAAGGAAGUUGAGAGUGCUAAAAAUGGUGAUGCGGAGGGAGACAAUGCUUUGAGUGUCGGGAAGGAUGAUAGCAUCCCCAAAGAAGAAACUGAGAAGGGUUUGGCAUCGAGGGAAAGAAAGAAGAGCAGAUACUUAUCACCUCCUUUUGCAGGUCUAAAGAAGGGGGGAAGAAACUCAAGCACCAAGAAGGACUCUUUAGAUGCAGAAUUCGAGAAAAUUGCUAAAGUUGCUCGAGUUGGGGAGCGGAUGAUCAGUGCGGCUGGUCAAAUCAUUGGAUCACCUUCUUUUACAAGUCUAAAGAGGGGGGUAAGAAACUCAAGCACCGAGAAGGACUCUGUAGAUGCAGGAUCCGAGAAAAUUGCUAAAGUUGCUCGAAUUGGGGCGCGGAUGAUCAGUGCGGCUGGUCAACUCAUCGGAUCACCUCCUGUUGUGAACUGUAGUGAUGAAACCAAGGUUGACUCAGUUGCUAUCUCUACUCCUAACCCUCCAAGAGAAGAUCAGAAGAAGAUUAUAGACACUGUCAAACUCAAUGCUGAUACAAAGAAAGUAGUAACUGAAGUAAGGUCUGCAGCUACUAACCCUCUACAGUUGAAGGAGAAAAGUGCAGUUGAUAUAUUUUUGGAGUUUAUUUCUGAGUUCCGUAGUGCUCUAUACUUAAAUGGGUCAAAGUACAAGAUUUUCCACAGGGGUCAACCUGGUAGAAAGAGAAAGUUGCUGAGCUCUGGACAUGACACUCAGAUUCCUGAAUCUAAAACUCCACGAAAAAGAAAUGGAAAGAAGGAACAAGAACUAUCGGGUGUGAAAAAGCUUGAGAAAGAUGGUGGGGAGUUGAGGAAGAAGAGGAAGAAGGAGACGGUUAAUAAUAAGAAAGACGGUGAAGCUGCUACCAUGCCUGUGACCCUUACGGUGACGUUUCCCUCUGGCUUCUCUUUGCCUUCAAGAAAUGACCUCAAGGCAGUGUUUAGCAAGUUUGGGGCUUUGAAUGAGAAAGAAACAGAGGUGCUUUAUAAUUGCAGCUGUGCUAUGGUUGUUUUCAUGAAAAGCUCUGAUGCGGAAGAAGCAUUCAAUGCAUCUAUCAAGGCGAGCCCCUUUGGACCUGCUAAGGUUAGUUAUCGGCUCAGAUAUUCUUUGGAUGGCUAUGAGAAAGUAGCUUCUCCUUCUUAUAAGGAGGGAGGCGAAAACCCAGUUGAUGAUGCAUCUCGAGUUCUCUUCACUGUUAAGGAAAAGCUUGAGCUGAUGACCUCGAUGCUGGAGAAGUCUUAUGGGAAUAUGUUACCUGAGGAUCAAUCUAAGUUGGAAGUUGAGAUGAAAGGGCUUUUGGAGGUGGUAAAUACAGUGACCUAGUCUACAACAGCUAAAAUGGAGUGAGUAAGUUCAAUGUGGAGCCCAAUUUUUUUGUCUGCGUGAUGGUUGGUGUCCCACUCUUUUUGCUUAGGAAUAUAUGUCAAUGUUUUGUUCAUAGUUAUGGUGGUUGUAUCAAAGAAUGUAGGAGAAGAAAACUCUCUUUGGAGUUACUAGGGUAUAUCCUUUCGGUCCGUUGCUUUUGUUUGCUGUCUUGUAAGAAAGCUGCUUGUACUUGCCUAUGAUGGUAAUCAGUUGCUUUUGUUUGCUGUCUUGUAAGAAAGCUGCUUGUACUUGCCUAUGAUGGUAAUCAAAAUCAGUGACUCUCUCUCUCUCUCUC